AGAGAGAGAGAGAGAGAUCGACUAUUUCCUGAAGGGAGGUGCCGCUUAUCAGUCCCUAAAUCAAACUCCUGAGCAAACCGGAGCACCGGCCACUCGGGAGGAGCAGCGCGCGCUGAGGGCAUGGAGCAGCUCUGAGUGAGACGCAUCACGGUGAAACAAACCAUUGGCUCUUCUUUCCUACCACACCCAUGCUGGUCUCUGAACAACCAGCUGUCAUUACAUUACAUCUGCUGAUAUGAUGCAAAGAAAAGAGAUUGUCCUUUCUGUCCUCCGAGAGCUCCAGGAGGCCACAGAGAGCCCUGGCCUGGAAGCUGUGACCAGGGUGGCCUCAGAUGUAGACCGGCGCCUUGCUACUUUUCAGCUCCCAAAGACUCCCUGUGGGGAUUUCUCUGAGUGGGCCGGUGUGGACGACACAGCCAGUGGUUUGUACCCAGCUGAUGCACCCGGGGGACUCCUGCCCCUGAAGUGUAAUGGAGAAGGAAACUUACUGUUUGAUGCUGUUAGCAUGUUGCUUGUUGGCCAUAAUGGUUUGAGCUUGGAGCUACAGGUGAGAACUGUAGUAGAGAUGGCCCUGUGGAAGAGAUACUACUUGUCUGGGAUGAUCGAUUCCAAGAUGAUGCUUCAGGCGGUUCGUUUCAGUUUAUGUGCAGAAGAAUCUGAGGCUAUGCUGAACCUGCCAGUAACUGUCUUGGAGGCUAUUUUUGAUGCAGAUGUUAAAGCUUCCUGCUUCCCUGGCUCGUACGCCAAUAUGUGGCAUGUGUACGCCCUAUCUUCUGUUCUUAAAUUCAACGUAUACUCCAUCUAUCCCAUGUUCAACCCAAAGAUUCGGCCCUACUUCAACCGACUGAUACGUCCAAGAACCUGGCCUGAAGAUGCCGAACCGCACACAAUACAUAUAAUGUGGUCUGGGGAGCUGCAGUCCGAGUUUUCCUUCAAGCCGAAAUAUUUUGUUGCCCUGGUUCAGACAAGCAUGUUCAAGAGCUCUGAAAAAGAGCAGAGGAUUUUGCCUCUCAAGAGUGAAGAACAGCCGAACCAGAAGUCGCACCUUUUUUACCAAAGUCUGAAGGAUAAGUAUAACAUCACCAAGAGGACCUUCUACCGCUGGAAAAGGCAAACGCAGGAACACUGCAAAAAGUCAGCAGCUAGGUAUGAAGCAAAGCAUUUUCUCCAGGCCUGCUACCUGGAGGGCAAACCCAUUCCUUUGCACCAGUUUAAGGCCUUUUUUCCAGAGAUCUCAAGGUCAUCCUACUAUAACUGGAAGCACGAGCUUCUGAAAACAGGAGUGUACUUCUCCACUUCCUCUUCAGCAGGAGAGAUAAGUCCCGGAGAGAGUACGGAGCAGGAGGCUUGGUCCUCACCAGAAGCAAAGGAGGAUGAGCUGGACCACCAUGACAAUGUGGCAAACAUGUUUGGCUUCAGCGUCAUGGACACGGAGCGUGCUCAAAAUGUAACAUACAUGCAGGAGGCUAAGAGAUGUCUGCAGAACUCUGUCACCAUGAAUGCUCACUUCCCCUUCAAAGCGUUUAGGAGAAACUUUCCAGGGAUCUCGAGAUCGACCUACUACAACUGGAGAAGAGAAGCCCUGCUGCUUAACAGGGUCCACAAAGGCAAUGUUGGCAGCAGCGAGGAGAGCUCGGAUGCCGACAAGAGCCACAGUCCAAAAAACCAGGCAACAGUGCUGACCAACGUUCACCAAUCUGUUGUUCCAGGGAAGAGGAUCUGGAGACAAAACCACAGAAGUUUUACACUUGCAUACGUGAGCAAAAAGCAGUUGAGGGAAGCAGCAAAGUUACACAUCCAGAGCUCCAACUGGUCCCUGACGAAGUUCAAGCUCAAGUUCCCCUUCAUGUCAUCGUGCUUCUAUUGGCUGUGGCGCAGUAGCCCAAACUGCAAGAAGGUGGUGAAACACUCUCAGAGUGCAGCAGUCACUGUCUCUGAGCCCGUCGAGAGCACGCUCAGCGAAAACAAGACAACAGAGAGUCAAGAGUGUGUUCCACGUGUUGAGCCCCCAAGAUACGUGGAAAACUCACCAAAGUCCUCCGUUAAUGACCCUCACUUGCAGCUCGCUUUGCACAGAAGGCCACCUGAAAAGGAGCGUAUGUGUGCAGUGGAUGUCGUGGCUCUUGCCAACUUCAAGGCCAAAGCCAAGCUCUUCCUGCAGCAGCGCUUUGAGGAGAAGUCUUUCCCCACGUUCAAAGAGUUCCGCUCUUACUUCCCAUUCACAGCGCGCUCGACAUACUACAUGUGGAAGCGAGCUUUGUACCACGGUGUGUCGCUGGUCCACGGGUAAAAUGCGUAACGCUUUAAUUCCAUUUAAACUACCUACAUUUUGUUUGCCUCAAGCUGUAAACGAGGAAAGUUUGCAUCACUGUGUUCACCCUCUAUCCCACUUCCUUGAAGCAACCCCCCUCUCCCGGACAUUUGCACAUGUUUGCCAGUCUGCUAAACCUUGCAUUUUGCCCUGAAGGCAAAAGGCAGUUCAAAGCUGUAGUUUACUGGCAUUUUGUUUGAAGCCAUUUUGCCUCCAUUCAUUGAAUGUUUGUAUUUUGGAUUUUUUUUAUAACUUACUUGAUUUUAAUUGUGUCUGCUAAUGCUUUCAACAUUUUCUUUUUCUUGUUUUGCAUGAAUUGUGUGCCCCAAGAGAUUGGUCCUACGUUUUUUGUUAGCUAUGAGGUAAAGAAGCUUAUAUUUACCACAUAAAAGUUUUCUUUAUUAUUAUUCCUCAAAUUCAUGUUGCAACUCAGGGAUUGACUUCAGCUUGGUCCAUGUUGUACAAAACAUUUUAAAAGUUGAGUUUUGGAACAAUAGAUUUGCACUAAAAUGGUUUCCAUUUCACUGUUGAAUGUAUUGUCUUACCCAGUAUGUAUACUCUGGUUAAGUUUUCUAGCAUUUCCAUUUUUGAGGAAAAUAAACUUGAAUGUAGUUGAAAAUAUUUAAUUUUUUAAUACACUUAAUUACCAAACUA